UAAACUGAUGACAGAACGCGUCAAUGUCACUGUGUUAACGAUCAGCCAUACUGACUGGGUAUUGUUUUGAAACAAAUUUGCAAUAGUAAAUAACAAAAAUAUAGUUAUAAAUAUAACUAUACAGUUAAAAUAUUAUGAGGUGGACCGAAAGCGAAACCUUUCAAUUUGUGAAAUUAUAUUUAAGUUACGAUAAUUUAUGGAACACAAGCCAUGAAGACUAUAAGAUUAAAGAUAAACGCAUUAAGGCGUAUCGUAACAUAACUUCUGAAUUUAUGUCUAUAACAGGUAUAUUGCUUAAUGAACAUGAAUUAAAGACCAAAAUUAAGAACUUGAGAUCGACCUACAUUCAAGAAUUGAGCAAAAUAAAGCAAAGAUCUAUCGGCGGCUAUGAGUACAAACCGACCAUUAAAUGGUUUGAGUACUGGGAUGCUUGUUUUAGAAAGAGGCAGGAGAAGCGAUGUAGUGACGCCGGUCUCGAGGAAUCAGAGCUAGAGCAAGAACAAAAUCAAAGCCUGUGGCUUCCUGAAGAUGCAGAGAUUCUAUGUGGUGCACAGGAUCCGUUUGAAGCUCAGAAUAACGACAACUUGGCCCUUAUUCUAAAAUCAGAACCCGGAGUCCAGCCUAAAAUAAAUACAACAACGAAAUACGAAAUGAAGAGAAAAAAAAUAAAACAUCGAAGUCCUAGCACGGAUGUUUCCGAUCAAACACUCAAGGAUAGCAUGGACAGCCUCGACACAUGCAUAGAAGAUGAAUUUGAUAUAUAUGGCAAAUAUAUUGCGUCACAGUUGAGGACAAUGGAUUUGAAAAGAGCUCUAAGAUUACAGUUUGAAAUACAGUCUCUAGUUAGUGGAGCUCGCCUCUCAGAUCUAUCAAGUUAAACAUUAUAAUAAAAAACAAGGAUCACUGGCCACAAACAAAUAAUUACUUUUAACACUUUCGAUAAUUAAAAGAGUAUUUAUUACUUACAAAAU